AUGUUUCAACAUAAAUUCGGAGCCAGAGCUCUCAUGAGAGAGGGCGGGAAGUUUUUGGGAGCAGCAGAUAACCCAACGCUAAGGAACAUAGAAGCAAUUCAACAAAUCUCGGACAUGUUAAAGACGUCCUUGGGACCUAAUAGCAUGAAGAAACUCAUUGUAAACCAUAUCGACAAAAAAUUCGUUACCUCAGAUUGCAACACCAUUCUGGCAGAAUUGGAAGUAGUACACCCAGUAGGGAAGAUAGUACUGAGUUCAGUGGAAUCACAAAAGCUCCAGUUCGGAGACGGAAGUAAUACGCUGGUGGCUCUCCUGGGAGAGCUUUUAACAAACGCAGGAGAGUUGUUGCAAGAUGGAGUACACAUUUCAGAUAUCAGAAAAGGAUACGAAAUAGCAUUUAACAAACUAAUGGAACAUUUGCCAAGUCUGGUUUGUUACAAUAUCAAGGAUUUGAGAGAUCAUGAAAGCUUGAGAAGAGUGUUGUACACAGCAAUGAACUCAAAGUUCAGCUAUAUGUCAGAAUUCUUAAGCAAACUAGUUACAGAUGCAGUGAUAUCAGUGAUGCCUACAGAUGUAUCAAUGUUUGACCCUGAAAAUAUCAGAGUGGUGAAACUCACAGGAGGCUCACUGAUGGAAUCUAACUUAGUAAAUGGACUCGUGCUUAUUAGAGAACCUUUGGGGUCCGUAAAGAAGGCAUACAACUGCAGAGUUCUAGUUUUGUCAGUAGGUUUGGAGUUUUCAGGACCCGAAACGAAAGGAACAGUCCUCCUGAAGACAGCUGAACAACUGUUGAACUACACCAAGGGAGAAGAAAGGGAAAUGGAAACAGUAAUCAAGUCAAUAAGUGAUAAAGGAGUUGGAGUUAUUGUAUGUAACGGAGCAGUCUCAGAAAUGGCACUUCACUUCUGUAACAAAUACAAUAUCCUUGUGUUGAAAUUAGUCUCGAAAUUUGACCUCAGGAGAGUCUGUAGAACCACAAGGUCCCAAGCAGUAAUGAACCUUUCCCAACUACUACCACAACCAGCUGAUCUCCAAAAUGGAGAAACCCCAGAAGUAAACGAGGAAUUUGGAUACGUGGAAAGCAUGGAAUUAACUGAAAUUAGCAGCAAGAAGUGUGUCAUAAUAAGAGCAAAGGACUCCAGAGUUAAUACAAUCAUACUUAAGGGAGCAACGAAUAACCAAUUAGAUGAAGUGGAAAGAGGAAUUGAUGACGCAGUAGCAUUGGUAGAUAAUUUAAAAGUGGAUGGAAAGUUUUUACCAGGAGCAGGAGCAGUGGAAUUACAACUUUCAGUACUACUGAAAAAGUUUAGCGACACAGUGUCAGGACUUGAAAGAUACGCGGUUGAAGCCUUUGCAAAAUCUCUACAAGUAGUACCCAAAAUAUUGGCAACCAACGCAGGAGUCGACUGCGAAACACUCCUGACGAAUCUUCUGAGCCUCCAUGAAAAUGGAAAGAUUCAUUCAUGUGUAGAUAUUGAAACUGGAAGCUGCGGAGAUUCCGUUGAGUUGAAAGUAUUCGAUCAUUAUCAAACGAAACAUAAUUUAUUAACACUGUGUUACGAAGCACUGAUGACUAUACUAACAGUAGACCAAAUCAUUGUGGCAAAACCAGCAGGAGGACCAAAACCACCAGGCCAAAAUAACCCAGAUUUCUAA